GUUAGUGAGGCAGCCCCUACCUCUUCCCCCCCUGCUUCGGGUUCGUCCAAUUUCUUCACACUUGGUGAAAUUAGGGUUGUGUGUGUGUCUUCCUACCCCCUCUCUCUGCUUCCUUCGCGUUGAGCCAAUUCCUUCAUUCUUCAUGCUUCAUGGAUGUUUAAGGUUGUGUGUUGCUUCAGCCCUCUCUGCUCUUCCCAAUGCAUUGCCGUCCUCCUCCUGCUCCUGCUCCUCCCUCUUCGCCUCCUUAACCCUCCUCAUGUCCUUAUGCCCUUUCUUCAAGCUCCCUCCGCCAUGGACCUUGACGAUCCUGAUGCGAAUUCGAAGGAGCGGCGCGAGGAGGAGAACAUGAUGCGGGAUGCAUUGGAAGGCCUGCCGGAUUGGAGGAGCGAGGAUGGUGACUGGGGGAGACGAGGGGAUGAGAGGAGCAAUCGCAUACAGGAGGAGCAGGAUUUGGUGGAUGCGAUCUCCAAGCGUACGCGAGCUCACUACUCGCUCGCUGAUAUGUCGCUUGAUCAACUGGAGACUUUUCUGCAGGAAUCGGACGAGGAGGAUUAUUUCCAAAAUGUUGAUGAUGAAGAGGAGUAUCGGAAGUUUUUAGCUGCCGUGCAAGAGAAUGUCGGAGCUCAGGAUGGUGGCUCGAAGCAGGAGAAAGUGAUCGAGUCCAGCGAGAGCGAGGAUGAAGAUGCUGACUUCGAGGUUGAAAUUGAGGAAGCUCUGGAAAGUGAUAUCGAAGAAAGCUUAGAUGGUAUUAGUCGGAAAAGAAAACGUGCUCGCCGACCCGUAACCAGAGAGAAGCGGCGAAAAAGAGAGUCUCUACAAAAUAGAGUGCUCCUUUCUGGGCGCUCUAAGGCUCCACUCCGGCCCUUAUUGCCCUGUGCUCGGAAUGUCUCAGUUUCUAAUCGGAGUAGGUUUUCAAUAGGGAGUGCGGCUAGACCAUGGAUAACUAAUACAAAGAUACAUCCUUUAGUGUGUGGAUUUACAGCUCAUCAAAUCGGGCAGCUCUAUUGUUUGAUGCAUGAGCAUGUGCAGCUACUUCUGCAAGUGUAUGUUAUGUGUAAAUUAGAACCAACAAUGCAGCAGACCGCGGUAGAUACGUACAGAAUGUUGAUGGAACUAGUUGAAAAACGUGAGGCUGUUUUAUCGUGGAAGAGAUGCGCAUUCCCUGAUUUCUGUUUUCGUCCACCAUAUAUCCACCCUUCUGUUGCUGAGGACGGUGUAUCUUGCUUUCAAAAUUUCCCGUCCAAAACUCCGCAGGUUGUUGGGAGCAAAGAAGAUGUUUCUUCUGCCCGCAUGACAUCUAGUUUAGGUCCUGGUGACUCUGGAAUGAGCGUAGAAUCUAUCUGCCCAAUUGAUGGUAGACACUCGGGUGCAACCUUUGCAGAGUCUCUGAAUUCCUCUUCAGGGCAGAUAGAGACAAUCGACAAUGCCUUCGGAAGUGAAUCGGCUUUAUCUGCGUCUCCAACUAUUCCGGUGUCGCUACCUUUGGAAUGGGUGCCGGCGAGCUCUGGUCCUGUAAGAUCGUUAAUGGACGUAGCUCCUCUAGCACUUGUAAGGGAGUUCACGGCAGUUGUUGAGAAGUUUGUUGAAACCAGGAAGCAGCAUUCCCAAGAUGAAGCAUCAGAGCAUUCAUUGAUACCACUUUUUUCUGUUCGGCUGCAAGUAAGUGAUGGUUCAAAAUCAACAUGUGAACGGAUCAAGGCACGCUCCUCAUCUCCUCGUCUGAAAAAGACAAUGGCAGCAGCACUUGUGGAGAGUGCCAAGAAGCAAACUUUGGCGAUGGUUCCCAAGGACAUCGCUGUAGCUAUGGAGCGAUUUUGUCCCCUCUUCAACAAAAGUCUAUUUCCGCACAAAGCACCUCCAGCCGCUGUUGCCAAUCGACUUUUGUUUACAGAUGCCGAGGACGAGUUAUUGGCGAUGGGACUGAUGACCUACAACAAUGACUGGAAGGCAAUUCAAGAACGGUUUCUUCCAUCUAAAUCAAUGCAUCAGAUUUUUGUUAGGCAGAAGAAUCGCAGUUCUGCAAGGGCUCCCCAGAAUUCUAUAAAGGCUGUGAGGAAGAUGAAGUUGUCUCCACUGACUUCAGAUGAGAUAGUUUGCAUCGAAGAGGCACUGAAGGUGUACAAAUAUGAUUGGGCCAAAGUGUGUCAUAACUGUGUACCUCAUCGGGACCCAGCGACACUUCCUCGACAAUGGCGAAUUGCCCUUGGCACUCAAAAAUCUUACAAGUCCAACAUGAACAGCAAAGAUAAACGUAGGCUUUGUGACGCUGGAAAGCGCGAAGGUUUGACCGGCACAGUUGAAAACUUCCUAUCCCUGGAAAAGGUUUAUUCGGAACCCUGCAAUAAGGCUGGCUGCAGCAGACAUAAUGAAGAGAUGGUGAAAUCGCAACCCCAUGAUGGGUUUUCAAGUGAUUUGUGCACUUCAACAUCCAGACGCAUGUCAGGUAAAAUUCUUACAGAUACAAUCGGACCACUUGCCACUUAUUCAAGGCAAAGAAAUAAGGAUGGUAAUUGGCGAACAGAUUCUUUCUCCCGAUGUCCUGGUACACAUGACACUCGGUCGAAAUCCUCUAGAUGUGUAAAUUCCAAAGUCUACACUUCACAACCUUGUAUCUCUCGUGCUACAGCCGAACAAACUGUAAAGCUAGCCCCUGGAUUGCCACCUCUCAAACUUCCGUCGACUGUGCGGGUCCUGACUCAUUCCGAAAAAUCUCAACAGCCAGUUCUUGAUGUUCAUCGCGGCAUUGCCAAGACUGGUUCAAAACACAAAUCAAACAAUUCCUGUUUACGUGGACAAAAUUAAACAAGUUAGAAGAGUGCCUGUCGGGUUAAAUUCCUUCAUAUGAGAGAUACAAUCAUUUGAACCUGUCGGUAAGUGGCAUGAAGCUGCUUUUCAAAUGCACAGUUUGCGGAGACAAAUUUGGCAUUUCUCGUAUUCAGUGUCCAGGGCAGGAUUGCGUAAAUACGACGGAGUUAACUUGUGCAGUUACAAGUCAGGCACGAUUAUACAUCACCUGGUCUUCACUUGUGUUUUAACAAAGAUUUAGAACUUAUAAGAUUUUUUUGAAGUUCGAUCUUGAACACUUUCAAUACUGUGCAUCGUUUCAGAUCAAUGAUAGUGUGCUUUCACAACUGUAAAGGAUUGCGAGACCACAGAUUCAGUAUUAGCUUCUCCCAGUUGUACAACUGAUUCGUAUCUUCUUUUUCAAAUUGUUCAAAUUUAAGGAAACAACAUUAUUAUCAAGUUGGUUACUUGAAACCGUUCUUGUGACAACACUUGAUCGAAUUUCGUUAUCAGAAUGCAAUUUGGAGUUCAAAGGAACUUUA